AUGGCCAAGGAAGAGGCUCCCGCUGCGGCCACCACGACGGAACCUGAGGGCGAAACCAAGCAGGGAGAGGCUACAGAGGCGCCCGCUGCUGAGCAGGAGACGAAGCCACCGACCGCUACUUCUGAUAGUGUGUUUUCGAUGUUUGGUGGGGGUCCGAAGAAGGAAAAGAAAAAAGAAGCCGAGGAAGAUGAGCCGUCUGGAGCUUCGAAGAAGAAGGAAGGUGAUGAGGGUGAUGUCGAAGCCGAGCCAGACGUCCAUUUCGAACCUGUCUUCAAGCUCACUGAACAAGUGGAGACCAAGACCAACGAGGAGCUCGAAGAACAGGUUUUCAAGAUGCGUGCAAAGCUUUUCAAGUUUGAUCGUGAGACCAGAGAAUGGAAGGAGCGUGGAACCGGCGAUGUGAGACUGUUGAAGCACAAAGAGAACCAGAAGACUCGCCUGGUUAUGCGAAGAGACAAAACGCACAAAGUUUGCGCGAACCACUACAUUGUUCCUGACAUGAAGUUGUCCCCCAAUGUCGGUAGUGAUCGAAGCUGGGUGUGGAAUGCUGCUGCAGAUGUCAGCGAAGGUGAACCCGAGGCGCAGACGUUGGCUAUUCGCUUUGCCAACAGCGAAAACGCCCAGCUCUUCAAGGAGGCUUUCGACAAGGCUCGCUCAGAAAACGAAAAGCUUUUCGGCCAACAGUAA